UUGAAUGAAAAGCUUAGAAAAUUAAUACAAACAGGAAUAUCCAAAUUUAAUUGCAUGUUUUAAAAGAAACACAUAUCAACUGCCUUUAAUAAAAGCCGAUUUACAAGACAAAAUAGAUGAGUAAUUUGAUUAGGUGCAAAUAGAAAAUGAAUACACAAUUGAUACAAAUCUGUAAAUUGAAUAAGCAGAGAUCUUUAAAUGCUUUAAUCCUGAAGCACUUAAUGAAGCUUUGUUUUAAAAUGCUACAAUCUUAAGAAAAUUUGGCAGAAUAAGAUGCUUGAUAUCUCGAGGCUAAUAUCUGGCAGUAGGAAGUAAUUUGGGAGCAGUUCUUAAUUUUUAUAUUGGGGCUGAUCCUCCAAAUAAAUAAUAUAUAGAAAUGAAAAGUCAAUUGCUUUAUGCUGCAGAAAUAUGUUAAACAGAACAUGGUAGUGUAAAUUAAUUAAGUUUUAAUUUAUCAUAAUCACAACUUGCUGUUGGCUUUGAUAAUGGAGUAAUUGGUAUAUAUGAUUUGAUUAAUAUGAAACAUUUGAAAUGGGUCAAAGUACACCAGAUAAGAAUAGUUUCGCUUGGGUAUGUUAAUGAAAACACAUUUGUUUCAGGUGAUGAAUAAGGCAAUUGCUUCAUUACUAGAUGUGCUAAAGGAAGAAUAUUUUAUGAUUUGGACUCCCAAUUCAUUAUAAAAUCGCAACCAAUGUCCAUUAUUAGGUCUAUUCCUUUUAAAUGCAAACCCUUAUUUAAUUUUCCUGAAUAUACUAUUGUUGCUUUAGGUAAUGGAUACAAAUGUUGGGUCCUGAGGAUUCAAGAUUCUAAUGUCACUCAAUUCACUAUACUGGCAGAUUUCUAAAAUGAUGCCCCUGAAAAUAAUUAAUGUGUUUUAGAAUGGGAUAUUCUUAAACUUGAAGAUAAAGAUAGAUUAGUAUUAGGAAUUUCUUGGACCAAUUAAACGAAAUCUUUUAUAUUUUAAGGAUCCGAAUAUGUGGAAGGUAAAAUUAGAGCAAAUUUUAAGUUAUUGAAAGAAAUCAAGAUGCCUGCUAAUGUAAAAUUUUCAUCAAUUAUUAGUUUAUAUAUAUGAAUUCUAUUUAUAAUGAUUUAGUAUUGUUAUUAACUGAAAAGGGAGCAGUGUAUACAAGCAACUUUACUAAUUAUAAGACUUAAAAAAUUAUGUAAAUGUAAUAGUUUGAACCCUUGCCGCUUAUGUAUUGGAAAGAUAAUAAAUAUGAGAGUUAAUUUAAUGUAUGUAUAUCAAACAAUGAAAUCCUCUAAGAAAUAUACAUUUUAACAAGUCAAAAUGUUACAGUAUUGAAAUACUAUAAAUUUGAAGAUAAAAUAAGGCACUUUAUGGAAAAUUAACAAUUUUUAUUGUGUUUUUAGUUGAUAUUAUGCAUACAUAAAAAGGUGUUUAUGGAAUUUGAUAGAUAAAAGUUACUUUUAUUUGUGUAAUAGAUCAUCGAUUUGUAUAGCAAGCAGAUAGCCAAAUUGCUCAUUAGUGGCAAAAAUGAAGAAGCAUAGAAAAGAGGAAUAUCCUUGGUUAAAUUCAUACUUGAUAUUGGAGCUGAACAAUACUUAAGUUCUAUUUGUGAUUUGCUUUCAAAAACAUUGAAUGAUGAGUCAAAAUUCUUUUUGAGUAUCGUCGAAUCCUUUAUUAUAAAUAAAUAGUUCAAAUUUAUUCCAGAUGAAAUAUUGUUAAAGCUUAUUUCUUUGUUGAAAGGAUAGAAAGCUAAGAUAUUCUUGCUCCUCAAUUAAUUAGAUCUAAAUAGAGUGAAUUACUCAAUUUAUUUAUAAGCUUGUUUAGAGAGCUAAUUAUUUUUUCCUAUGAUUUAUUUAUGUACUCAUUCAGCAAAGAAUGAAUUUUUAACCCCAUUGUUUUAAAUAUGGAACUAUAGCAUAAAGCAAUCAUAAUUAGAAAACUUUGAAGAAGAAAUCAUAAGUGUUAGGAAAGUGAUUUCAUUUAUAGAAUAUAUACUCUAGGGCAAAUUGUAGGAUGGUUAACAAAUACCUAUCGUUACUUUGAAAGUAAGUCAAUUUUAACAUUUAUUUAGAGUACAAUUGAUAUGAUGAUUGUAUGGAUUUUUGAAGAGAAUAAUUUAAGAAGAAUGAUAUGGGUAGAUCCCUAUGGGGCGUUUUAUAUAAUUUAUUAAAUAAUGUCAACUACAAAAUUAUAUUAAAUUGAUUUAGAGCAUUCCAAAAAUUUGUAUAAAUUUGAUAUAUUAAAGGAAUGUGAUUUAAAAAGUAAUGAAAAUGUUUAUGAAUCCUACAUAUCGUUGGAAGUUUUAAUAAUAAGAAUUCGAAGUUUAAUAAUAGUUUAAUGAUAUAAGUGGAUAUGAAAACUAUGAUGUUUAAACUGCCUAUUCAUUCUUUAUAAUCAAGGUGAUCUUUAUUUUGAAAUUUGAAGUUGAAUUUGAUAUAAUGAUGGAUAUUCUUAUGUUUUGCACAUUUAAUAAGUCCUUCCUGUUCUAUAUCGAUUAUAGAUCAUAUGCGGAAGUGAUAGACAAACAUGAAUUAGCUUAAUUAGAACAACACCAAAGUCAUUCAGAGAUUAUUGAGUAUUUUCAGCAAAGAUUGAUGCUUAAGUUGGUUGAUAUUCUAGUUAAUAAAAUUUAAACACCAAAACAUAAAGAGUAGAUAGAAAUACUAAAUGGAUUUACAGAUUUAAAAUAAAUACCUUUAAUUUAAGCUUACCUCUACUAUUAUCUAGGAGAAUAUCAAACACCUGUAUCUAUCUAUUUGCGAUCAAAUAAUAUUUUAGUACAAAAGUAAGUAUUCAAAUAUUUAUAUGAUACUUUAAUAUUGAUGGUAUAGAUUAUUUUCUAUUAAAGCAUGGCAAAGAAGCUUAUGCAUAGCUAAACGGGAUAAUUGUUUCAAAAGUGUAAGAUCUACUAAAUUUAGACAUCCAAAGAACUAGAGAAUUGAUCUGUUAAUUUUAAAAAGAUAAUGAACUCUAAGUAAUAGAGAAAUUGGGCCAGAAUAAGAAGUUACAAUUAAAGUACAUUGAAACAGUAAUUAACAAGGAUAUAAAUUCUGAAUUUGGUCUGAGUAAUAUCCUUUUGGUGAAGCAUAUUGAGGUAUUUUCAUUAUUUGUUAUAAUAUUCUUAGCUUUUGUGUGAGUUGGAACCAGAAAGAGUAUUAAUAUAAUUGCAGAAAAUUCAUUACCCUUUGGAAGAGGUGUUGGAAAUUUGUAAGAAAUUUUAGAAUAUUGAAUCAUCUGCUUAUGUAUACUGUAGAUUAGGAUUCAUUGGAGAUGCAGUGCAAUUGUAGAUUAUGCUUUUAAAAAAUUUAAUAUCCAAAGUGGUUGAUAAAUAGAGAAAUGUUGAUAAUAUUGAAUAAUGUGAGUAUGAUGAAAUAGAAAAAAAAAUGAACGAGAUUUAAGAAAUAUGUUAAUAUCACUCAGAUAAUCCAGAAAAGAGUUGGUAUUACUUUCUAGAUAAUUUAAUCGAGUUAAAUAAUCAGAUUGCAGAAGUUAAAUUGAAUAAAAUUUUGGUGAAAAAAAUUGGACAAUUAUUUGAAGUAAUAAUUUAUAACAUAAUAGGAUAUAUCUACACACGCUCCUUUAGAUUUGUUUGCAUAACAAUUAGGUACUAAAUAUAGCAGCAUUAAUAUUAAGGAAUAUAAGGGGAACUUUAUUAAGAUGGUUAAUACUUUCUCUUAUCAACACUAUUUCAUUUAAAAUGCAAAAUUUAUAAUUUAACGCUUUUUUAAUUUGGAAUCACAGAACUUUUUGAGAUCUCACCUCCAAGGAUAUUUUACUUUGAAUUAUUGUGAUAUUUGCAAUGAGUAAAUUGAGAAUAGAGGAUACAAGUAUUUGUGUGGUCAUUUUAUUCAUGUCGAAUGUAAAUAGAAAGAUCAUUAGAUAUGUUCGAAAUGUUUAUAAUCAGAAAGGUUCUUUUUGGAAUACACUAGUCAAAAGUAAAAGUUGAAAAUUAGUAGGAUGAAAAACGAUGAAUAAAUUAAAUAAGCAGAUCCUAAACAUUUAAGUAAUUAUAUUCAUUUAUAAAACAGAUCCUUAACCAUAAAGGUAGAAAGAUGAAAAGUAAGAAACAAUAAUUAACAAUUCAGCUAAACUUUCUUUAUUUGAUUUAAAAAGAGAAUAGAAAUACGAUUUGAGAAUGGAAUAAGAUAUUAGUAAAUUAAUGAGAGAUAAUAUUUGA